AUGGCUUCCUCCAGCUCCCAUCGAGAUCACAGCAUCGAAAGGCUGGAUUUCGACUCUCAACGCCAAAAGCGACGGUCAAGCAAUAACGCUUAUGAAUCAGAGCAGACCAGUCUGCUCGCCUCCGACGAAUCCUUCUUCUCCGAUGUCGUCGAGGGUGCGAUCGUUCGAGACCGGAGAAAAAUGGCUCAGCGUAUCGCAAAAUACCUGUCCUUCCUCGUCGCCAUCCUAUGCUGCCUCUGUGCCGGUUCAAUCACCGCCUUCUCCCUCUACGGCCCACUCUUCAUAUCCCACCUAAAGUACAGCCAAUAUCAAGUCAAUGCUGUUAGCACAGCGGCCGAGCUAUCUAUGUACCUCCUCACACCUCUGUACGGAUGGUUAUGCGAUCGCUAUUCGCCCCGCCCCUUGGUCGCAGUGUCAGCAUUUCUCCUUGGUGGGGGAUACCUUCUUGCAGCACUCACGUAUCACGCUGGGCCUACACUGUACAAACUACGCACGCAUCGAGGCACAGAUAAGAGCGAGCUAGAACUACAAAGACAGGGCUGGCCUUUCACAGUCAUGAUUAUUGGUUUCCUUGGGAUUGGUGCUGGGACCGCGUGCAUGUACCUCUCAGCCGUGACCACGUGCGCAAAGAACUUUGGAAGAGGAAGACAUAAGGGUCUAGCGCUCGCAUUGCCAAUCGCUUGUUUUGGCUUGAGCGGUAUGUGGCAGAGUCAGAUUGGGAGUCAUGUUUUCAAAGAGGAGAUGAGUGGAAACAUUGACGUGUUUCGCUACUUCCUCUUUCUGGCGGGCCUACUCUUUGCUGUUGGCUUGAUUGGCAGUCUGGGUCUGCGAAUAGUGAAUGAGGAGGAAUUGGUCGAUGAAGCAGUGGACGAGCUAGAGCGAAGUGGACUUCUAGACGGCAGGGGCAUACCAUACGAUGACCGCGGAGAGGCGCAGGCUGACGAAAGAUCUACACGCGGAGUGCGAAGCUCUCGUACAAGUGGCUAUGGUACGAUAGAUUCUGACGAGGCCGACGAACUGCCCAAACCUCGUCAUGUACACGCGUACAAUACCAUGAAGAUGAAAUUGAAAAAGCGACUGGUCCUCCGCCUAUCCUUUCCAAUCUUCUUCCGAGAUCCAACCAUGUGGCUACUAGCAUUCGGCUUCUUCUUGGUAACCGGUCCAGGCGAGACCUACCAAAAUAAUAUCGGUACACUUCUCAUGACAUCCUAUCCAGAGCCAUCUGCUCGUCCGCCGCCCGGCAACAGUCCGGCAACCCAUGUCAGCAUCAUCGCUUUGGCCUCUACUCUCGCCAGGCUAGCAACUGGCACUAUCACAGACAUGCUUGCUCCCACGCCCUCCUCCGAUACGCACUACAAAGCCGGCCGGAAAUGCACCGUCUCUCGCAUCUGGUUCCUCCUCAUCAGCACCGCUCUCUUCUCUCUUGGUCAGCUCCUUCUAGCCACCGAUGCCGGUUACAACGAUCCAGAAACAGUGUUCCCUAUAUCAUCGGCCUUCGUCGGUCUCGGCUAUGGUGCUGUCUUCUCCCUCACACCAAUCAUCAUCAGUUGUGUGUGGGGCGUUGAAAAUUUUGGCACGAAUUGGGGGACAGUAGCCAUGGUUCCUGGCGCUGGUGCUGCGCUGUGGAGUCUGAUCUAUGCAAAAGUGUAUCAGGCUGGUGUCGGUGAUGAUGGCAGCCUUGAGUGCUUUGGUGCUAAGUGCUAUCAGAGUACAUUUUUUGCUAUGGCAAUUGCAAGCUGGGUCGCCAUUGCGCUCUGGGCUGUCGCUUGGAAGGGCUGGAGACAGAGAGGUGUCGUUGUAUGA